GUCAUUUUAUUAGGAAUAGAAUACGAUAGGUGCCGAUUUAUAAAAGGCCGAAAAUAUGGAUCAAUUCAAGCUUUCUUCAUUACUUGCACUAUUCUUAAUAUUCGAUUUCAGCUCCGCUUUAUAUUUCCACAUAGCAGAAGGGGAGCGAAAAUGCUUUAUAGAAGAAAUACCGGAUGACACGACUGUUAUGGUUAACUACAAGGUGGAGCUUUAUGACCCUCGUUCUGGCGGGUUCAUGCCUUCGUCGCCCGGAAUUGGUAUGCACGUAGAAGUGCGUGAUCCCAAUGACGGCGUGGUGUUGUCCCGUGUGUACUCCUCUGAGGGCAAGAUCUCCUUCACAUCCACUACUCCAGGAGAGCAUGUCAUUUGCAUGUACUCUAAUAGUACCUCUUGGUUCAGCGGCUCUCAGUUACGGGUGCACUUAGACAUCCAAGUAGGUGAGCAUGCCGUGGACUAUGCCAACGUGGCUCAGAAGGACAAGCUGACCGAGCUGCAGCUACGCAUCCGACAGCUGCUGGAUCAGGUGCACCAGAUCACCAAGGAGCAGAGCUACCAACGGCACCGUGAGGAGCGCUUCAGACAAACAUCAGAAAGCACCAACCAGCGUGUGCUGUGGUGGAGCUUGCUUCAGACCGGCGUGCUUGUCGGCAUCGGCUACUGGCAGAUGAGGCAUCUCAAGAGCUUCUUCGAGGCUAAGAAGCUAGUGUAAACCAUAAACCUUAGGAUUUAACCUUUUGAACACCAUCAGUACUUAUACAGUAUACAUCUUCACCAAUAUGGUUUUCAGUUCCAACAUUUUGUUUUCAAGUUUAUAAAUAUUGUAAUAGGCUACUAGACUCAUAUCUAACUUGGCUUAAUAAAUGAUUGUCUUCUGUAAUAUUUGACAUAAGAAACCAAUAUUUGACUACGUAUUUUUAAUUAAAAAAUGUGAGUA